AUGCCUUCUUCCCCUCUCUUCCUCAUCCAGUUUUGGUUUCCGAGGGUUCCUUCGGUACCAUGCAGGCUGCUUCCUCCCCUCGUUGAUGUCCCCGCAGUUGCACGCAUGGUGUACAAGGACAAGGUCGUCUUCAUCCUUGGCACGACUGGGAGCGGCAAGUCCAAGCUGGCCAUCGCUCUCGCCAAGAGCUUCCGUGGGGAAGUCGUCAACUCCGACAAGAUGCAGGUGUACGACGGCCUCGGCGUGAUCACCAACAAGGUGACCGAGGAGGAGUCCGGUGGCGUCCCCCACCACCUUCUUGGGGUAGUGCACCCGGAGGCGGACUUCACCGCUUCGGACUUCCGCCGCGAGGCCACGCGCGCGGUGGAGUCGAUCCUCGGCCGCGGCGGCCUCCCCAUCGUCGCCGGCGGGUCCAACUCGUACAUCGAGGAGCUGGUCGAGGGGGCGGGCGGCGAGUUCCGGUCCCGCUACGACUGCUGCUUCCUGUGGGUGGACGUCGAGCUGCCGGUGCUCCACGAGUUCGUGUCGUCGCGGGUGGACAAGAUGGUGGAGCAAGGGCUGGUGAAGGAGGCACGGGCGGCGUUCCGACCGGACGGGGACUACUCGAGAGGAAUUUGGAGAUCGAUCGGCGUGUCGGAGAUGGACGGCUACUUCCGCUCGGAGGACUCGGCAGGCAACGGGGAGGUGAAAGCGCGGAUGCUGGAGGCCGCCGUGGACGCGAUCAAGGCCAACACUUGCAGGCUGGCGUGCUGUCAGCUGCAGAAGAUCCGGCGCUUCUGCGCGAUGGGGUGGGACGUGCACCGAAUCGAUGCCACCGAGUUCUUCCAAAGGCGAGGGCGGGGGGAGGAGGAGGAGCUGUGGGAGGAGGUGGUGGGGGAGCCCGGCGCGGCCAUCACAAGAAGCUUUUUGGCCUCCAAGAACCAGAAUAAUGAGCUCGAUGCCACUGCUAAUGCUGCAACGUUAUAG